CAUCCAAACAUUAGCAUUGUGUUUUCUUUUCUUUUUUCAACUUUUCAAAGACUUUUUCUUUGUUGAAUGCAAGUCAGUUUAUUAUAAUGGAAAGAUAUGAGAUAUUGAAAGAUAUAGGUUCUGGGAAUUUUGGUGUAGCUAAGCUUGUUAAAGAUAAAUGUUCUGGUGAACUUUUUGCUGUCAAGUAUAUUGACAGAGGUCAAAAGAUUGAUGAGCAUGUAGAACGGGAGAUAUUGAACCAUAGGUCACUUAAACACCCGAAUAUUAUUCGGUUCAAAGAGGUGUUGCUAACAGAGACUCAUCUCGCCAUAGUAAUGGAGUAUGCGAAUGGUGGAGAGCUUUUCGAACGAAUUUGCACUGCGGGUCGAUUUAGUGAAGAUGAGGCAAGAUUUUACUUCAGGCAACUCAUUUCUGGAGUCAGUUAUUGUCAUUCAAUGCAAAUUUGUCAUAGAGACUUGAAGCUCGAGAAUACUCUCUUGGAGGAAAGUUCAACUACCCGUCUUAAAAUCUGCGACUUUGGAUACUCUAAGUCUUCGGUGUUGCAUUCCCAACCCAAAUCAACCGUGGGAACGCCUGCCUAUAUCGCACCAGAAGUCUUAUCUAAGAAAGAGUACGAUGGUAAGAUUGCAGAUGUUUGGUCUUGUGGGGUUACAUUAUAUGUGAUGUUGGUUGGUGCUUAUCCUUUUGAAGAUCCUGAUGAUCCAAGAAACUUCAGAAAAACGCUUACUCGGAUACUUGGCGUGCAAUAUUCAAUUCCAGACUAUGUUCGAGUUUCCAUGGACUGCAAACAUCUUCUAUCUCGUAUUUUUGUUGAUAAUCCUGAAAAGAGAAUUACCAUUCCGGAGAUAAAAAAGCAUCCAUGGUUCGUGAAGAACAUGCCGAGUGAUUUUUUAGAAGAUGGGGACUCGUAUGUGGAAGUUGAUAAAACGAAUACGCCGUCUCAAAGUAUCGUUGAAGUAAUAUCUAUAAUACAAGAGGCAAGAAAAGGACCAAUGGAUGCCAAACUAGAGGGGCAAUUUGUAGGGGGUGAUGGUAUGGAGCUUGAUGAUGAAAUAAAUAGUGAUGAUGAAUUUGAAGAUGAUGUAGAUACAAGUGGGGAUUUUGUUUGUGCUAUGUAAGUGUUGGUUCCUUACAUAUGUAAGUGUUUGUGUUUGUGAUU